AUGCUUACAUGGGGUGCGAACAGCCAUGGUCAGCUGGGUACAGGAGAUGAUAAAGAUGCUUAUGAGCCUAAAAUUAUUAAUUUUACUGAUCCAGUCGCUCUGAUCUCCGGAGGUGGUGGUCACUCUCUCAUUUCUAACGAAAACAAUAUAUUCAGCUGUGGUUUGAAUUCUGUUGGUCAGCUGGGUCGUUCAAAUGACUGCAAUCAUUUUAAAAUCAUUCCGUUCUCUUUUGCACCAACUGUUAAUAAAGUAUCGUGUGGCUGGGAUUUUUCUGUUGCAGUACUAAGUGAUGGAUCUGUCUUCUCGUGGGGAUCAAAUGAAUAUGGGCAGUUGGGUAAAGAAAGUAUUAAUUCAAGCAUAGUUCCUGUUCGUGUUGAUAUAGAGCCUGUUCGAUCUAUAUCUGCAGGUCUAAGACAUGUCGUUUCUGUGACAAUCUCCGGAAAACUAUUUGGUUGGGGUUCUAAUCGCCGAAAACAAUUAUUCGUUGAUAAAGUGUUGAAUAAAGCCGAGCAUUAUGAUGAAUCGAAACAAAUAUGUUACCGUCCCACUCUAUUGAACUCUGUAUUAGGUGAUACACAUGAGUGGGUCGAUUGUGCUGCUGGUGCAUAUCAUUCAGUUGCAAGAACAAGAACAAACAAACUGGCUCUUUUUGGAGAUACUCGAUUUUUUAAACUCAAAUCAGAAGUUCACGAUCUUUCUUUAAAUACCGAAAGUAGACUUUCAUCUCCUAUUUGGUAUGAUGCUGAAUUAUUCGGUAACAAUGAAAUAGAACAAGUGGUAUGUGGAUGGAGUCAUGUUCUCGUUAGAACUAGUGUUGGAGAAGUUUAUUCGUGGGGUCGAUCAGACUUUGGACAGCUUGGACGAACUGUUAACAUAUUGAGCAAGUUUAUAGGAAAGUCUAAUGAGAUUUUCCCGAAUUUCGAUGCAUAUCCUGGGAAAGUACAUUUUCAUUUAAAUGAUGGUCAUGAAGUGACCGUAAAAACUAUUGCUUGUGGUUCAGAGCACUCAUUGGCUAUCGAUUCAAAUGGACAGUUAUGGGUUUGGGGAUGGAAUGAGCAUGGUAUGUGCGGUGUUACAACGAAAACUGCAAGUCAGAUAGAACAACAUGAGACUCAAGAAGAAGUUAUUCCAUAUAUUACACAACCAUAUCGAAUAAGUUUCCGCUGUUUUAAUCAAAAUUACAAAGUGAAAUAUAUCGGUUGUGGAUACGGUCAUUCAAUGGCGUAUGUAGAAUUUGAAAAUCUACGAGGACACUCCAAAGAAUUAGAAAAUAAGAAUAAAUGUCUGGCUACUAUAGAUCAAGUCAUUUUUAAAUUGCUACUACAGAUCAUGGCAUCUGCGAAACAGGAUAUUGCUAUCCAUAAUGUAACUUGUUUGUUACGUCAGUGGGAUUGUGCAUCUGAAGAAAAACGUCGUCAGCUUCUUGACGAUUUCAUUAAACAAUACUACAAUCGUACUGGACCUGAUUUGGAAUCUGAAUUCGCCCAAAUGGCUAGUUUAUUUUUGGCUAGAAUAUGCGUAUGGAUAAAAUUAACUUACAUGUCAGGAACUUGUCUAACAGAACAGCUUCAAGCUCUUCAUGUAUUUUUAUCAGCAUCAAACAGUUAUAAUUAUUUACUAGAGUUUUUGGAGCAUGGUGGUGUAUUGUGUUUACAGGAAGUAUGCAUUUCAUCAAGUGCAAAAGAAGUGGAUAAACGUUGGGCGCUUAAAGUAUUAUCUUGCGUUGCCAAUGCUGGUACACAUUAUAAGGAGACAAUUUGUGAAUGUUAUGGCAUUCGUGCUGUCGCUGAAUGUAUGGCCAAGUCCAAGUCAGAGGAAACACAAGAGUCUGCUAGAGAUUUAUUAGAAAUAUUAGCUGAAGGCAAUCCUCGUUUCUCUGAUCAAGUUUACAAAGGAUUAAUUGGUGUUUUACCAUGUCAUUCACCAAAAGCUCAACAAUUAGCUCUUCAAAGUAUACGGAUUUUACAGGCAAAGCGUAAUACUGCCAAUAGGGCCUUAAUCGACAGAAUAGUCUACUUACUGGAGUCAUUACAUUUGGAAGUACAAUCAGCAGUUAUUGAAUUAGUUCGUGUUCUGAUGGGAUUCGAUAUUGCCGAUGAUAUAUUAGUGGCCUUAAUUACCUUGUUGAAACCUCAACAUGAAAUACAAUUGGGCAAAUUGUUUACAGAAGUAACAUCGGAUGAUAACGAUGAUGAAAUAAAUUCACCUCAUAUGGACAGUAAUGAGGAAAGAUAUCCUUCUCAUCCUGCCCCGUUAGGUAGUCGUAAUAUUAGUGGCAUACCAGAAAUGAAACCUCGAUCUAUGAGCAACACAAAGUCGACCAAAUUGAAUGUCAAAUAUCCUAGCACUUGUGCUAACGGUAACAGCGAUAAAACAGAAAAAAUGGUAAAAAAGAAACAUAGACAUCAAAGUCAAGAAUCAGAUUCAGAAUUCGAUGGUAAUCAACCAUUAUCGGUGUUUGUUCAACAAGCAGCUGCAGCUAAAUGUCUACACAUUCUCUCGCAAGAUUCUUCAACAAUAUCAAGAAAAAUAAUCAAGAUGGGUGCUCUAUCAAAUCUUUUAUAUGCUAUGGGUAAUCUUGAAUUUUCGGAUAGUCAACGACAAGCUAGUUUAGCUUUAGAGUAUCUUUGUCAGACGUAUCCUUUAGUAGAUGAAAUUGUUUCUGAAGCAAUGGGUCCAGUUUUACAUGAGGAAUUCAUUAAAAAUCCUGAUUCACAUUAUCUACAAAUGACUCCAUUGCAAGCAGAUAUUUUAGUAUCGAAUAAAGUGAAUUAUACAGGAGAGGGACUAUGA